AUGGGCGUAUGCGGUGGCAAGUCAGCCAAGCGACAGCAAAGCCGAGAGCUCCGCUUUCACGACGGGUUCCAGUACAGCCCCCUUGAAUCCAAUGAUUUUGGGCCGCUGUCCGCCGAGAAAGACACACUGGACAUUGUCCAGUUUGCGGCCCCGAUCUUUGUUGCCGAGGAAGGUGAAGGAUUCAGUGUCAAGGUAAUGCGGUUGGGGUCGCUUGCUGGCACCGUCAGCUGCUUUUUCCAGACCGAAUCCGGCUCUGGCAAAGCAGGAAAACGCUUUGUCCACAUAGAGGGUGAGGUAGUGUUCGCUGAUGGCCAAUUCGAGCAGAGCAUUGACAUCGAGAUUCUUGAUUCACCAACAUGGUCAGCAACCCUUGAGUUCAAGAUGGUACUGAGCAAUCCGAAUGGGUGUGCGUUGGGGAAGUACCUGAAAGUUUGCCGCAUCAAGGUCCUGGACGGAAAUCCUUUCCCCAACGAGGACUAUGCCGAGCCUUUGAAAGCAGGCCCGGAGGCGAUCGAGGACAUCAAUCCACUACCGCUCUUUGUCGACUUUUGCAGGCUGAUGCUGAAAAUACCUGGGAAUUCGACACGAUUUGCGGUGACCUUGCUCUGUGACCAACUCAAGAAUGCCUAUGUUUGGUUUCAGCUUAAGGCUUCCGUCUACAUGGUAAAUGUGAUCUUUGGUGGAGCGGAUGCGGCAGACCAGCUAUUCAUCCGGGGGGAUGCCGUGACGACCGCCAAGUUGCUCGGCUUGUUGUACAUCGGACUCCCGCUACUCUUGCACCUGUACAAAGAAGCCAAGACACGAAUGGACAUUGCAGGUCGUUGUGGCUACUACUUGCAGACCAGUUUGAUGCGGAAAUACAUGAACUUCAGCGACGACUCUAGAGCGGCAGUGUCUCUAAACGAAGUCCAGAAGAUCGUGACCGCAAAAGCCUUGGAUGUUUCGAACAGCCUCGACAACGUUUCUUCCAUGCUUGAGACGCUCGGGAGGUUGAUCAUGUUGAAUUACUUCGCGCUUUCUAGUGAUCCUGGCAUGCUGUGGGCUGUGAUUACUAUGCCUGUGGUCAUGACUAUCUGGGUGCUCCUGCGCCAGAGAUGGUUGCAAAAGCCUGAGGAAGACGGCCCCUACAAGAGGGCAGUCAUGGAACUGGUGGGUUCCAUCAGCGAAUACUACCCGCUCAUCGCAGCCUACUUCCAAAGACCUGCCAUGAACGAGAAGUUCGCCGCGCGUGUGACCAAGCUUGCCGACGUACAAGAGCCUCUGGGGAUCUACAGCAUGCGCAGCGAGUUCUUUUUCGCAUGGCUGGGCCCGUCGUUUGCCGGUUUCUACUUGUGCUUCUAUGCUCAGCAAGUGAUUGACGGCGCGCUUUCCCUGGGAGCGUUUCUAGCGACGAUCAGUGUGUUCAAAGAGGUCGCAUCGAACUUCGCGGAUGGAUAUUCUGUGAUGAUGAGCGUGAUCUCCAAAUUUGAGCCGCUAGUUGACAUCACUAUUUUCUUGAACCGGCCCACCGACGUCCGAGACUUGAAAGAGUUAGUGAACAGGCGGAUCAAGGAGACCAGCGACCAGCGGACUCGGCUGAUGCAACUUUCCAUACCGACCCCUCCUGGCAUGGUGCGCACAGACAUGAUUCCAAUUCGCUUGGAAGGCCUGUCAUACAAACCUGGGGCGAGUGGAGAGCUUUUUCACAAUGUAGAUCUGUCCGUCGAGCAAGGCAAGUUGGUCGCCUUGCAAGGCGAACAUCGAUCAGGAAAGACGAAGCUGAUCCGACUCCUUGCUGGUGGAAUUACUCCCACUACUGGCAAAGUGAUCAUGCCCUCACAUCUGCGAUGCCUGUUGGUUACACACCAAGUCGUUUUGAUGGAUGCCUCUCCUUUGCAAAACCUGUUCUUUGGUGAUCCUCUCGCUGUCGCAAAUCCAGAAGAGCGGCAUCGCGCGUUGUGGAUUCUGGAUAAGCUCCGGAUGAUGCGAACCCGAGAGGUUGCUGAACAGGAGAUCGAAAUUUUGCAGGAGCCUCUCUCGGAUGAUGAGGAGGUAGACCCUGGCUGUUGCAGCAAAAGUGGGAAGGUAGAACCGCUACCUGCCCAUGCACAAUGGUUGCCACCAGACGGUAGCCGGCGAGCGCAGCAACUGCAGUACGAACUGCGAGGUUGGCAGGACUCCCUGUCCUUCCAGGAAAAGGCGAAGCUGCACAUAGCACGUGCCUUGAUUGUGAAUCCAGAAAUUAUGAUUCUCGAGAAGCCGCUGAUGAACUUCGAUGAACGAGAGUCUCAGCUGGUACAGGGCGUCCUCAGGGAGUACGUCUCCAACCGAGGAGUCGCGCUAUCCACUGACUCCCGGGACAGUCGAAGGCCACGGACUUGCUUCUACACAGCCGAGAGGGAGGAUGCCAGCCAAACUGAUGUCGUUUGGAAGUGCGGUGCUGGCACUGUGGUUGCCGAGAAGCCUUGGGAACAAGUUCAAGCAUCCCAAAAGGGUGGCUCCGACAGCAAGGAGGAGCGAGAGAAGUCGGUGACCCUCUCCUACUCCGAAACUGCAGAGGAGGAGCAGUCCAUUUCUAUCAUCCGAACUGUGUCAAGCGGGACAGCAGCUCGCUUGCUGGAUGAGUUGGAGGAUGAAAGGCGGCGCGGCGACGGAAACGAGGGUCUCGAAGGUUUGGACGAAGGUUCGACGAGCGAGCGUAGCACGGUCUCCGAGGCCGAGGCGGCUGCCGCCAUUGGGGUCCAAGAAGCUGCGAGCGGUAUCAGCCAGCCCAACCCGCCCACACAGGAGAUGCCUGGGACGAUGGAGUCUGACUCUCGACCCUCGUGUAUGUGGAGUUGUCCGCCUUCGGUUCCCCCUCCGCUACCGAAACGGUCGAGUCCUUUGGCGCCCAUCGGCACAGCGGUUGCCGACGUGCCCGACGAGUCAUCCAUGUGGAGGCUGGAGUUCUCAGAUUAUUUCUCGCGAAAGAUAGAGACAGGACAGUUCGUGGCUGCCGCUCUCGCUGAAAUGCGCGCCGGCAUGAUGCGGGUACAAGUCAAAGAGGGGGAGAUGACGAAGACCAUUUACACGCACAUCAUGGAGCAAAAGUAUGACAAGGCCGUGAAGAUUCUCAACCAGCAGCUUCAGUUCUUCCCGGAGAGCCGCUGCGCUUUGUCAUUGCUCGGAUACUGCUACUACCACAUGCAAGACUUUGCCAGUGCUGCGGACAUCUACGGUCAGCUUGUGCAAGUCGUACCCGAGAUCGACGAGUACAAGAUUUACCAUGUCCAGAGCCUGAUCAAGGCAGGCUUGUAUGAGGAGGCCAGCCAGGCGUGUACUUCUGUGGAGUCGCCGGAGUACACGGAGCGGGUCCUGAUGCUACAGGCCACGAUCUCCUACGAACAGGAAGAGACGCAAUUGGCUCGCAGCAUCCUGGAUCAAUGCCAUCCAGACUCCGAGGAGAGGCAGGUCUUCGAGGGAGCACUGCUUUGGAAAGAGAAGCGGUACGCAGAAGCUAUGAAGCUGUUCAAUGAUGCGAUAACAAGCACCGGCUACCAGGCAAGCCUUGCGUACAACAUCGCCCUUUGCUACUAUAGCUCCAAGCAGUACGGCCCGGCGCUGAAGCACAUCGCCGAGAUCAUCGAGCGUGGUGUACGGGAUCAUCCGGAGCUGUCUGUGGGAGCUUUGUCAGAAGGCGACCUCAAAGCUCGGAGUGUCGGCAACACGUCCGUGCUGCGGGAAACGGCUUUGAUUGAAGCUUUCAACCUGAAGUCGGCAAUAGAGUACAUGACAAAGAACAUGGAAGCCGCGAAGGACGCGUUAGCUGAUAUGCCACCUCGCGAUGAGUCGGAACUCGACCCAGUCACGCUCCACAACCAGGCCCUCAUCGAGAUGGACGAGAAGCCGACCGAGGGCUUCCGCAAGCUUAACUUUCUGCUUAACCAGCAGCCAUCGCCACCAGAGACUUUUGUAAACCUCCUCCUGCUGUAUUGCAAGUACAGUUACUAUGACCUAGCCGCUGACAUUCUGGCGGAGAAUGCUGAGCUGACUUACAAGAAUAUGAAGCCUGAGGAUUACGAGUUUCUGGAUGCGCUGAUAUUGGGCCAGUCUUCACCUGAAGAAGCGUACCGGCGCUUCGACGAGCUGUCUGCAAAGCAUGUGGAGAUGUUGCGGAAAGGAACCAAAAACAUCCAGGACGCAAGGAGGCAGCGGGAUCAAACCCAGGUGAAGAAGUACCUGGCCGAGUUCGAUGAUGCGCUGGCGAAGUACAUACCGGUGCUCAUGGGGCAAGCCAAGAUCUAUUGGGAGUUGGAGAAUUACUCCAUGGUGGAGAAAAUCUUCCGCCAGUCUGCUGAAUUCUGCAGUGAAGAUGAGUCCUGGAAGCUGAACGUGGCCCACAUCUUCUUCAUGCAGGAAAAAUUCAAGGAGUGCAUCCGCUACUAUGAGCCGUUCGUGCGAAAGCACAACGACGAUCUCUUGAACGUUACGGCGAUCAUCCUGGCCAAUCUUUGUGUGGCAUAUGUCAUGACCUCCGCUAACGAGGAGGCUGAGGAACUGAUGAGACUGGUGGAGCGUGAGGAGGAGAAGGUGAAGGACCCGUCGAAACCGGUCUACCACCUGUGCAUUAUCAAUUUGGUGAUUGGAACCCUCUACUGCACGAAGGGCAACUUUGAAUUCGGUAUCAGCCGAAUCAUCAAGUCCCUGGAGCCGUACGACAAAAAGAUCGGCGUCGACACGUGGUAUUAUGCCAAGCGAUGUAUGUUGGCUCUUGCGGAGACCCUGGCGAAGAACAUGGUCGUGCUGAACGACGAAGUCUUCGACGACAUCAUCGCCUUCCUAGAUUCGGCAGAUCAAGUUGGGAAAAACAUCGGCACGACCAUCAAUGUGGUCGAGGCCGCCAAUGAAGAUGCCGCGAGCAAGCGCACAGUCUCGCAAGAAGCACGAAUGAUCAAGCGCUUCUUCCUGAAACUCAGGGACUGGUCGCGGCCAACCUCUGAGCCUUGGUUCCGGUUUCACCUACAAAUACGCAAAGCUAACGAGGCAGAGGAGGGCCGAGCGCCGGAGCCCUUUCAGGUCAUUUACGUCCCGGUGUUCAUGCCUCACAGAUGCAGGAUCUGUGGACACGAGUGUCAACUAUCCGAGAUGCCGCAGGAGUUGCCGCGUCCCACCACGAAUCCGACCUUUGGCAGCUGGCUUACCAGUAUUCUUCCAUCGGCAUCGCGACAUUGGAUGCUUGGGAGAGCGGCCGCAGCGAUUUUGCCGCCAUCCGCUCCGACUCGACCGAUUGCAGAGCCAGUUCCGCUGAUCGUGCGGCACAUUGAGGAUCCCUCAGCCAAGAUCCUGCAGACGCCGAUAGGAGAUGGGGUCGUGAACUCGAUAUCUCCUGUGGGCGAUGUCUUCGUGCCGCUGUGCCCUCUCCAAUGCGCUCGGCCGCCACACAAGCACCGAAAAACUCAGGGCUUGGAGGAGAGGUGGUGGCUGGAGUUCGAUCCGCCCAAAGCAAACUACAAGAGUGGUUUCGGUCGAGGUCCGUUUGGUGGCAACAGUAUUCCGAAGCAGAACUGGCCACGACAGAUGGUGCCCAUCGAGCUUAAAAGGAAGUGGGAGAAGCGUGAAAGAUUGCGCUAUGCUUUUCGCAAGCACGGCUUCGAAUUGGAUGUUCCGAAGCUCGGGGGCUGA